AUGUAAAAUGUAUAUGGUGUAUUUUAUAAGCUACAUGCUAGCAGAUAGAUUUAUUUUCAUUUGUAAUCUUUUAUUAUUAAUGUUUUAGUGAAUGAUAAAGAAUGUCAUUUGUCUUUUGAGGCGAUAAGUAUAUUCGGUUAUCAAUAAAGUAGUUUAUUACUGCUUUUACGUUAUUUAAAAUAAAAUUAUUCGAAUAAUACUUUCACGAGAAAAUUACAUUGUUUGACUUUUAUUAUGUUUUGAAGUUUUCUACCAAGACAGUUUAACGAGCCAUUGCCACUUAAGAGUUAAGAACGUUUGAUAUAGAGAGUUUUUUCCUAUGCAAAGGACAUAGCUCCUAUGAUAAGUUUGAAGAAGAGUUGUUUCGUUUUGGCUUGAAGAAGAGUUUCAAGUUACUGGAUACGACGCUAAUAUUCAGAGCUAAAUUGGUUGCUUUGCUUGCACGAACCAGUUGAAGAGAUGAGCAAAGAAAAUGGAUAUGAAAGCGAGAGAACGUUAGGUUUAACACCAACAUGGUCCGUUGCUACAGUUUUGACUGUCUUUGUAGUUGUUUCAUUGAUCGUUGAGCGUUCCAUUCAUCGGCUUAGUAACUGGUUGCAAAGAACAAAGAGAAAACCUUUAUUUGCUGCAUUGGAGAAAAUGAAAGAAGAGCUGAUGCUGCUCGGAUUCAUAUCGCUUCUUCUUACAGCAACCUCAAGCACAAUAGCUAACAUAUGCGUCUCUUCAAGUUUCCACAACGAUAGAUUUGUUCCAUGUACCCGCUCUGAGAUUAAUGAGGAACUUGAAAGUACUAUUUCUUCUGUCAAGCGGACUCAGUUAACAAAAUCUCUCUUCUUCCACAUUAUGAGGAGAAGAUUGAGUGGCAUAGGCGAGAAUACAUGCAGCCAGGGACAUGAGCCAUUUCUUUCAUAUGAAGGCAUGGAACAAUUACAUCGCUUCAUAUUUAUAAUGGCAGUCACACAUGUAACUUACAGCUGCUUGACAAUGCUUCUUGCAAUCGUGAAGAUUCAUAGAUGGAGGAUCUGGGAAGACGAGGCUCAUAUGGAUCGAAAUGAUUGCUUAACUGUGGCCGCGCGCGAAAAGAUUUUCCGAAGACAAACAACAUUUGUCCAAUAUCAUACAUCCGCUCCUCUGGUCAAGAACAAAUUACUUAUAUGGGUGAUAUGUUUCUUCCGACAGUUUGGGCACUCUGUUGUUCGUUCUGACUAUCUCACACUCCGCAAGGGAUUCAUCAUGAACCAUCACUUAACACUGACAUACGAUUUUCAUAGCUAUAUGAUCCGCUCUAUGGAAGAAGAGUUUCAAAAGAUUGUUGGCGUCAGCGGUCCACUCUGGGGUUUUGUAGUUGGCUUCAUGCUUUUCAACAUAAAAGGAUCAAAUCUUUAUUUCUGGCUAGCAAUCAUUCCCAUCACUCUUGUUCUUUUGGUUGGUGCAAAGUUGCAACAUGUAAUCGCUACUUUAGCAUUGGAGAACGCUGGGAUAACAGAAUAUGCGUCCGGUGUAAAGCUGAGACCUCGCGAUGAACUUUUCUGGUUCAAGAAACCAGAAUUUCUAUUAUCCCUUAUCCACUUUAUUCAGUUUCAGAAUGCUUUUGAACUGGCUUCCUUCUUCUGGUUUUGGUGGCAAUUUGGAUACCAUUCUUGCUUCCUAAGGAAUCAUUUACUUGUCUACUUGCGACUCAUUUUAGGGUUUUCUGGACAAUUUCUAUGUAGCUACAGCACACUGCCCCUCUAUGCACUUGUCACUCAAAUGGGAACGAACUACAAGGCUGCAUUGUUACCUCAAAGGGUAAGAGAGACAAUAAACGGUUGGGGAAAAGCAACAAGAAGGAAAAGAAGACAUGGCUUAUAUGGAGAUGAUUCAACUGUUCGAACAGAAACAAGCACAGUUGCAUCUGUUGAAGAAUACAAUGACGACCAGGUUCUUGAUGUUUCCGAAACCUCUCCAGUUCAGAGUAACGAGCUUGAGCUUCAGCUUAUUCGACAAUGCGGAGCUUAUGAAAGUUCUAGUACUGUUGGAACACCUAUAUUGCGACCUUGUGCUUCAAUAUCUUCAACAACUUUCUCAAGGCUGCAUACAGAAACAACAGAAUCACUCUCAAGGUCAUCCUCAUUGCCAAUGAGAAGAGAAUGUUAAGAUAAAAAACAUGGUUAGUUGUUCGGUUUUCAAUCUUUCUUUCUCAACUCAGGUUUAAGAUAAGUAUAUGACUAUUUUUACCAUAGGUACUUAAAACAUAGUAAAUAGAUGUAAGAAAAUGUUAAAUCACAUAUAUCUUUUUUUUCAUUCU